GGGAUGGAGAGUCCGAGCCUGGGGGACUGCGGGGCUGCCCCCUCGGUCAUCGCCAACCAGCGCCUAGUCCCCGACCGGCCGUGUGACCUCCGGCAAGAAGAUGUUGCUCUGGGAUCAGAAAGAGUGGGAGAAGAUGAGAAACAAAUGGUGAUAAAAAGCAGCAGUGAGUGUAAUCCCCCGCUACAAGAACCCAUUGCUUCUGCUCAAUUUGGUGGUAGCGCAAUGACAGAGUGCCAUAAGUCUGUACCAUGUGGAUGGGAAAGAGUUGUGAAGCAAAGGUUAUCUGGGAAAACAGCAGGAAGAUACGACGUAUAUUUCAUCAGCCCACAGGGCCUGAAGUUCCGAUCCAAAAGGUCACUUGCUAAUUAUCUUCACAAAAGCGGAGAGACUUCCCUUGAGCCAGAAGACUUUGAUUUUACUGUAUUGCAAAAAAGGAGCAUCAAGUCAGGAUGUAAAGACCAAAGCAUGGCAGCUCUGCCAUCCCAGCUGCAAAACGAAAGUAGCAAUUCAAACCGGAGCCUCCGGACACGAAGCAGGUGGAAAAAAGAUGUGGUUUCUUUGCCAAGUGCUAGUUUGGAACUGCAAGAUAGCAGAGAACUCUCUAACUUUACUUCCAUUCAUUGGCCUUUGAAAGGAGAUGAUGGUGUUAAUGAUGCUGACUCCAGAAAGGUUAGAAAGUCCAAAAGAAAGGAGACUGUUUUGAAAGGGAUUCAAAUUAAGAAAACUAAAACAGGGUGCCGGAGGAGUCUUCCAGAUCCUGUUCAAAGUAAUAGAAAAAGAGCAUCUGUGUAUAAUAAGGCAGCAGAUGCUGAAAGUGAGGCUCUUGCACAAGAAAGUCAGCUUGAGAGAACUUGCUGUGUCUCUGAUACCAGAGCGAGCGACAAGACCCUCACUGUGACCGGUGAAGAGGAGAGGCUUGGUAAAGAGAAAUCGUUGUGUUCAGGAUCAGAUUUUGAACAGACCGCUUCUGGCAUCAUAAACAAAUUACGUUCAAGCAAAGAAGCAGGACCCAACGAGAAGUGUGAGGGUACCUUUUUAGAAUCUGAGGAAAUAACCAAAGUAGAAGCUGGGGAAAGGAAGGAGCCUUUGCAUAUUGGCAUCUCAAAAGGUGGCUCUGAAAUGCACAACAGCUCACAAACGGAGAAAGACUCUACCUCUGCAAAAAUAUUGCAAGAAGACGCCAUCCCACAGACACAAAUAGGAAAAAGGAGAACAAGCCUGUAUUUUUCCAGGAAAUAUAACAAAGAAGUUCUUAGUCCCCCACGACGCAAGGCCUUUAAGAAGUGGACACCUCCUCGGUCACCUUUUAAUCUUGUCCAAGAAACACUUUUCCAUGAUCCGUGGAAGCUCCUCAUUGCGACUAUAUUCCUCAACCGGACCUCAGGCAAAAUGGCAAUCCCUGUGCUUUGGCAGUUUCUGGAGAAGUAUCCUUCAGCGGAGGCAGCGAGAACCGCAGACUGGAGAGAUGUUUCAGAACUUCUUAAACCCCUUGGUCUCUACGAUCUUCGAGCAAAAACCAUUAUCAAGUUCUCAGAUGAAUAUCUGACAAAGCAGUGGAGGUAUCCGAUUGAGCUUCAUGGGAUUGGCAAAUAUGGCAACGACUCUUACCGAAUUUUUUGUGUCAAUGAGUGGAAGCAGGUACACCCUGAAGACCACAAGUUAAAUAAAUAUCAUGACUGGCUUUGGGAAAAUCACGAAAAAUUAAGUCUAUCUUAA